UUCUCCCCUAAUCUCUUUUUUCUUCCCAAAUUUCUUUCGCUUCCAAAACCUUGUGGGCUGAAUUGCAAUCGAAAUAAAAAUCGAGCGAUUUUAACUCCUGUUUCCAGUUUAAUGGCAGGAAAAUUGGAAGCAGAUACAAGAAGGGAUGUGAUGAGUGAACUGCCAGCAAAUGUGAAGGAAAUGAUUUUGGAGCGCUUGCCCACUCACGAAGCUGCAAGAACUGCUCUGCUCUCAACUCACUGGAGAGAUGCUUGGUUGCUGCUUGGGCGGCUUGUGUUCGAUUCGAACUUCUUUUAUAGCGUCCGAAAAAUCAAAGAUCAGUGGUAUCUUUUCCUAUCAAGAAAUGGCGUUGAGGAACUUUACAUCUCUCAUGACUUUGCUUGGGAACCUCACUAUAAGCUGCCAUUUUGUGUAGUCUUGUGUCCGACAAUAAAGCAGCUGAGACUCGAACGUAUGGGUUUUGAUUUCCCAAUAAAUGCUCCUCCUAAUUUUCCCUGUUUCAGAUCAUUAGCUUUCUUUAGUGUUGUUUUUAAUGAUAAUGCUAAUGGAAUUGUGUCUACACUUCCUAAUCUUGAGAAGCUGGAUUUCUCUGAUUGUCAAGGGAUCUGUAAUUUUAAGAUCAACGCUCCAAAACUUGAAAGCUUGUCUAUUACUGGUAGGCUUGGUCCUAUGUUUGGGGUUGAAUCCAGAUGGUUUGCACUUCAUUUGAAAGCCAUUAAGGUUCUUUGCUUGGAUGCCAGCUUCUUGUUGUGGGAAGAAGAUGUUGAAGUAGCCUCUUUCCCAACUGCAAUAAAUCUGCAAGUAAUCAAACUGGAUCCUUUUGACUUUGCCAAUGAAAAGCAGCUCAGGGGUGUUUUGCAGUUGCUUCAAAAAUCUCCCAACCUAUGUGAACUGGACAUUAAUGCAGCAUGUUCAGAUGAUGACAUAGCAGCUCCUUCAAGACUUUUGAAGGAUCCAGACAGCUGCAUUAUUAAUCAAGAUCUAAAAAUGCUUAAAACAAUCAAGAUUGAAUAUUUUUGUGGAUGCACACUUGAAAUACUUUUUGUGAAAAUGUUGCUCUUAAAAUCCCCUAUACUAGAGAGAAUUGUUAUUACAGAAUCUUAUUAUAGAAAAAAUGGCUACAUGGUGAUCAAGAUCCUAAGGGAGUUGUUGUGCUUCCCUCGUGCAUCUCCAAACGCACAAAUUGUCAUCAAGGGUGAAGUUUAUGUGUUUAAUUCAAUGGAUUUACAUCCGAAAAAGCAUCCCAAUUUGUCUUCCUCAAGCAAAUGCCAAAUGCCCAAAUCUCCCACGGAGGGCUCUCAAACUCUCUCCAAGUCCACAAAUUAUAAAUUAUAA